GUGAUUUAAUUCGUUUGUGAAAUUUCUAUAAAUAAAUAUGGAAAAGGAAAGCUUUUUCAUUAUGCUAAUGCUGCUGUUAGUUAUUCCAUGGACCUUGCAAGGCAAGGCAGCCGUUUCUAGUGUGAAGAAAAAGGACCCAGUUAAAGAUUGUGUUAUAGAUACGAAAAAUAAAACAAACAAUUGCCAAAACACAACAGCUCUUCCAAUUUUUAAUCAGACGGUGACACCGAAGCCCAAGUUGGCUGAAUUUCAAAUUGAGCAACGCAAGACAAUCAGCAUCACUAAAGAUGAUCUCAACGACCUCUUGGAUGUUUACAUGACCAAAUUGGCAGAAAAUGCUGUGGCUAUAAAUGAGAAAGAGCACGAAAUUGAUCAAUUGCAAUCGCUUAAUAAAACUGAAGAGGAUCACAUGAAAAAGUAUCAGGAACUGUCAGAUGCUUGCAAUGCUCAAAAUGUAUCUUUCGCUACCGUUUUAAAUGAAAAGGAUGCACUCAUCAAGAAUUUAAGAAUAAAUUCAAGUAUUAUUGAGACGAGACUGAAACGCAAGCAACAUUUCAUGAGUAUAUAUAAAAAGCUAAAUGCAACCAACACGGCAACAAUAAGAGAUCUUAAGAAAAGAGUGCUCUACUUGGAGGCAAGGCUUAAGGAAAGAAAAGAUGAUUUACUGGCCGAUUGGGAGGCGGCAACCGACAGUUGUCUACCGCAUGGAAAUUCAUUUGGGAUACACUUGAUACAAUUGCCCGACUUUCGACCGUUUUUAGUGCCCUGCGAUGGUUCUACUGUAGCCGGAGCUGGCUGGACGGUUAUACAGCGACGAUUGGAUGGAUCUGUGGACUUUUAUCGCAACUGGGAUGAGUAUCGCAAAGGAUUUGGCAAACUAACUGGCGAGUUCUUUAUUGGUCUGGAGAAGCUGCAUAGACUGACAACAUUUCAACCCCACGAGCUUUACGUCUCGUUGAAACUUUUUAAUGGCACCAAGCGAUAUGCGCUAUAUGAGGACUUCGUAAUCGGAAGCGAGGCGGAGGGCUACGAGUUGAAAUUGCUAGGUCAUUAUCAUGGCGACGCCAGCGAUGCAUUGCGAACUCAUGAUAAAAUGAAAUUCUCGACUUAUGAUAGGGACCACGACGAGUUUACUCACAUGAAUUGCGCUGAACAUCACCAUGGUGCCUGGUGGUAUGACUUCUGCUCCCGAAGCAACCUCAAUGGAAAGUAUUUUAAGAGGCAAACCGAUGAUGCGCAAGGUAUCUUUUGGGAACGUUGGUAUAGCUACCAGUCUCUCAAGUCUGUGGAAAUGUUGAUACGGCCAAAGCAGUCUUAGAAUAAAUAUAAAAGAAUGGCUAUCAAUUCAUUUUAAUAAAGAAAUAUA